UCGACGUGAGGGAGUGCAGGGAAGUAAAGGGAGUGUUGUUCCUGUGAAAGAGGAAACGACUAACAACUGAGUCCAAAGCCGAUAUAAAGUGUGGAGUGAAAGAAGGACAGUAGUGGAAAAGGAAAACGUGGACUUUGGUGGCUUUGGAGGCUGGUGAAACAUCCUGUUGAUUCAUCAUUUUUGAGUGAAGGACCAUGGCCCUGCUGCUGAUUUUUAUCACCCUGCUACAUCUCUUCACACUGGCGCUUCUGUAUAUUGCCACCAUGGACAAGUCUUGGUGGGUGUGGAGCAGCACUGAGAAGUCAGACCUCUGGUACAACUGCAGGCUGGACAACGAAACUGAGACGUGGCUUUGUUCGUCAUCCAACGAGACAGAGUGGCUUCAAGCUGUCCAAGUCCUGAUGAUCCUGUCUGCUGUCUUUUGCUCCAUCGCAUUUCUCAUUUUCCUGGCUCAGCUCUUUAUCAUGUCAGAAGGAGGACUCUUCUAUCUUACAGGAGUCUGUCAGGCAUUUGCAGGUCUCACAACCUUGACUGCAACACUCAUCUACACAUUACACAACAAAGAAAUCCUUCAGGACUCCAGAAAGUUGAGCUCAGGACACUUUGGUUACUGCUUUAUUUUGGCAUGGUUGUGUGUGCCUUUGCUAAUGUGGAGUGGAAUCAUGUACAUUUAUUUGCGCAAAAGGAAGUAGUGCCAUUCUCGGCUCCGCUCCCGAGUCAAACAUUAAACAGCCGCAGUUAUAUGUAUAUUUAUGUUGCAUCACUUAUAUAUGGUAACCAAAAUAAUAUUUGUACUUCUUUUGUAAUGUACUGUACCAUAAUAUCUUGUAGACUAUAUACAUGCCAAGUAUUUUUAUGAAUAAAACCUGAUUAAAACA